CCGACGCCAUCAACUUCAUUCGUGCAAGAACCGUGCUUGGGGCUGGACGCCGUCGGUCCGCUGUCCGCGUGUGUGAAGUUUUUUUUAUUCUUAGACUUGGUGUUAAUAUCCACUAAAAUUGAGUGUAUUAGGUGAAUUUAAGCGUCAUUGACUGAAGCGGGAAACGAUAGCGUCGUCCAAGAUGGCGGACGAUGAGCAAUUCUCCCUAUGUUGGAAUAAUUUCAAUUCCAACUUAUCAGCGGGAUUUCAUGAAUCCCUGCAGCGUGGUGAUUUGGUGGACGUGACGUUGGCUGCCGAAGGCCAAUUAGUUCAGGCGCAUCGGCUCGUUUUAUCAGUAUGUUCUCCGUAUUUCCGGAAAAUGUUCAACCAAAUGCCUAAGAAUCAACAUGCUUUCGUUUUCCUGAAAGAUGUUACUCACGCGGCACUCCAAGAUCUCAUACAGUUUAUGUACUGUGGGGAGGUAAAUGUGAAACAAGAUGCCCUACCUGCCUUUAUCAGUACCGCCGAGGCAUUACAAAUAAAAGGAUUAACAGAAACGGGCGACAGUGCACCGUCACAACAGUCACCCGUCAAAGAAGACGUUUCGGCGGUCCCAUCGACGACAGCCAGUAUUUCCACCACCGUCCCAGCGGCAUCCCAACGAACAAAGGUUCAGCGUAAUCGCGUUCAAUCGUCGUACAAAAUUGAGUCGGAAGAGAGUGGUGAUGACAAAAUUCACAUACAAGCCAGCACAUCUCAUCAUGUAUCAGCGCAGCAGCUCCAAACACAGACAAACAUUAGCUCACAAAAACGUACCAUGCCCCAGCGCGGUAUCACAAGCCAUACGAUUAAGCGUCAGAAAAUUUCUAUCAGCGCUAGUAGCGACGGAAUGGACACUUCGGACACCGCACCGUCGCAGACACAGACCGUACAGACAGUGCAAAUAGUGAAACAACUUCCUGCGCAAGUGAUCGAACCGGAAUACAUUGAACUUCCCAUGGAAUCGAUUAAUCCAAAGGCGGAACCAGACUAUACGGAUGAGACGGCCGAAAUCGAGACGGUGGAUGCUGAAACGGAACAGGAACACAAACUAUCGGAACAGGGUGACGCUGAUGAUGAUGGAAACUACGUUGAAGAUGAAACGUACGGAGAUAUGGCGAUGGGCAAAUAUGAAGAAUCAUAUCUGACGGAAGCCGAGGAUGGAGCGAAACCUGGAGCAUCUGGAUUUGUGGAAACGUAUGCGUCGGACGGAGGAACUGGCACGGAACAAUCGACACAAGGGCAUUCGUCCUCUUCAACACGGCAUCAUGGUCAGACGCAUGUUUUAGAUAUCAAGAGAACAACUUUUGUUUUGCCCAAAAAUUGCAGUAUACGGCAAAUAUCCGAUGGGAAGCGAACUUAUUUAACACCAUCAACCGCCAAAUCCUACCGAUCUCCUAAAUUAGAUCUGGCACCCAGAUCGAUGGUGUCUAUCGCUAGUGUACGUAGCGGUGCAGUUAACAUAGAGGUGACAAAACAAAACGCUACAGCGAUAGUAAAGUUCAUACGGUCACAGAAAAAGUGCGCCCAGCUGGUAUACGAAGGAUAUAUCUACAAUCGGAAGACCCUACACCAGAACGGACGUACCACAUGGCGCUGCACGGAAUUGCUGAAAUACCAUUGCAAAGCAAGUUGUGUGACAAAAUUGAAUCGGUUGAUUAGCACGCGAUGUGACCACAACCAUGCCGAUCAUUCGGCCAAAAUAGCGGAAAAAACGCUGUACGAUUAUCCGGAGGAUUUGGAAGAGUAUAUGAAUAUCCGCACGCGAGAUCCGAUUGAUAUUAAGAACCACAAGUUGGACGUGAUCGAUACCGGUGCUGAGUUCAAGGUCGUGCUGCGUGGUCACGACGGUGACGAUCAUCCUGCCAUUCUAAUGGAACGAGAAACGGUAAAAGAUGCACUUGUGUCGAAGCGCCAAUAGGGUAGCACUUAACAUGCUAACCAUAGAAGAUACCAAUACGAUGAGCAGAAACUUGCUAGACUUUCUACUUGACUUCAACACUUUACGUAUCUUAAAUUAUUCUUUAACACUCAAUUGACCUAGCGCAUUUCACUGAUGGCUACUUUGUCAAAAAUGUCGAAGAUCUCGAAUAUGGUUUCAUAUUUUGUGUGAUGUUCGUACUACAGUGAAGAUGUGUAAAAGUAUCGCAACAACUAUGGUAGAAUGGUUUGAUCUAAAACAUUAAUUUGAUGAAAAAUGACUGAUCAACACAUGAAAUGAGCCAAGGUAAUUGGACCGGGCUAACUAGUGUUAAUGCGAACUACAUUUCAUUCCACGUUCCGUUCACGGUGAAACAAAGUUUUUAGAAUGUAAGCAAUGUUUUCCGUAUAAUUUGCAUGAGGUAUAAUAAAAUGCAGUAGAUUAUGUGUAUCGUUAACGUUUGCGCUGCUAGUAGUCCUAGCUUAAUCCUAUUAUCUGUAAAAACGUAAAACUCAGUACCAGUGAAGGUAUGACAAUAUUAUCUAAAUAAUUACGUAUCAAAA